UUUCUUAGGGUUUUUAAUCAAAAAAGAAGAAAAACUUGUGAAACGUAUCGGAGAAGUAUGGAUCUUAAAACAACGCUCGAUCAGUGUCCGCCGUUGAGAAAACUCACCUCUCUGAAACACAGAUUCUUACAGCCACUCAAUCAAGACGAUUUGACAAGUUACGAACGACCAAAGCGAAAGUAUUCUUCUCUUCCUGGUAAUGAUGACGGCCAAGAAGAUCCUUCUUGGAAACGCAUACGCUUUAAACUCCGUCGAGAGAAGGAAGACGACGCCGUUUUCGUUGAGUCUCCUAGGUUUAAACAAUUGACGAUACGACAGCGUUCUACUAGUGACGACUCUUCUGAUACGGUGAAACACGGAAUCGAAGAAGAAGGGUUUACAAGCGAUGCAGUUUUCUAUAAGCCGUGGUUUGAUAGUUUACGAUUAAAACGACAGCGUUUCGGUGAAGAUCAAGAUCCUUCUUCUUGUUCUCCGUCUGUAGAUGACAUCGCUGCUCUCACUCUCAUCCAGUUUUCCCGUGAUAAUCGGCAAUCGAAAACACAAACCCUAAUACCUCAACCGCAAACGCACACGCAGACGCAAACGCAGACGCAGACGCAAACGCAGACUCAUACAACUCAACAACAGACGCCUGUGAAGUCUGAUCUGUUCGAGUGUUCAGUAUGUGGAAAAGGUUUUACUACGUAUCAAGCAUUAGGCGGUCACAAGGCUAGCCACAAGGUUAAGCAGCCACAACCGCUUCUUGAAAACGCAGGAGCAGACGCUGGAGAUAAAACGCGGACAAAGAUGUUGGCCCCUUCUGGGAAGAUCCACAAGUGUUCUAUAUGUCAUGUUGUGUUUCCGACGGGACAAGCACUAGGUGGACACAAACGACGUCACUACGAAGGCGUUCUCGGCGGUCAAAAGUUGAGUCCCGAUAGUAAUGGGAGCCUUGUAACAAAAGUGUUGGAUCCAGAACAGAGUUUAAGUGUUAGUGACAACGUUCUUCUCAGUGGUAAUUACAAACGUAAUCAGGACGAGGUUGUUCACAAGUUGAGUCCCAAUAGUAAUGGGAGCCUUGUUACAAAAGUGUUGGAUCCAGAACUGAGUUUAAGUGUUAGUGAAAACGUUCUUCUCAGUGGUCACAAACGCAGACAGGACGAGUUUGUUCCCUGUGUAGACAAGUGGAGUCUCAGUGAUGCGAGUGUUGCAAAAAAUUUGGUGAAUCUAGAGCUAAGUCUCGGGGAAAGUAAUGGCCUACUCGGGGGUCAGAAACGUAGUCAGGAUGGGGAGGUUGUUGUUGGAGAAAACAAGUGGAGUCCUAGUUGUAAUGGGAGUGGUGUAACAAAUGUGUCGGAACCAGAGCAGAGCCAAAGGAGAUUGAUAGAUCUUAAUAGCCUGCCGUCACCGGAGUUUGAUGAAUCUGGAGUCAGAGAUGUCGAGGAAGUUGAUAGUGCAAUCAUAACUUUAAAAGAGUUAAUGCUUAAAAACAGAGGUUUUUUUUUAUCUGAUCGAUAUCGGAAGAGAAGAGGUAUGGCUAUCUCAACGCACUUGAAACAGAUCUUAACGAAGGCGAAUCAAGUUUCUCCGUCGAUGUCUGUGGCCGAUCUGAAGAAAGAAGUAGAACUUUGGAUGCAAGAAAACAAAGACGGUUUACCAGUCGAAGACGAUGUUUUCGUUGAGAGCUUUUUGGAAACGAUCGAACGUAAUUGUUCUGCAACUCGUGAUCAAGAUCCGAAUUCGGAACGCAGAGCGAUAGAACACAGAUUCUUAGAAGGAGUAGGAGGAGAAGAACAAGGGUGUGGUUACGACGGCGUUUCGAGUGAGACGGGUUUGGAAAGUAGCGAGCGGUCUCAAAGACAGCGUUUUGGUGAUGAUGAAGAUUGUUUCUCGGAACAGAGUUCAUCCUUCUUGGAAACUAACCCGCGAGAAGAAGAAAGACAAGGAGGGUUUGCUAACAACGAUGCUUUCCUUGAGCUUUUGGUGGAAAAUAUUGAGCGAUCAAGACGAGGGCAAAAGCGUUCUUCUUCUUCUUCUGAUGAUGAUGAUGUUAAAGAUCCUUCUUCCUCUUCUUCUCUGUCUGAAGAUGAAAUCGCUGCUCUCUUUCACAAACGGGAUUCACAAACACAACCUCAAACGCAACCCCUACGGAAGCCGAAACGGCAGAUGCUGCACAAGUCUGAUGCGUACAAGUGCAGUGUCUGUGGAAAAGAGUUCUCUACAUUCCAAGCUUUAGGUGGUCACAAGGCUGGCCACAGGAUUAAGCCGCUUCUUGUUGACGGUGGAGAAAAAACGAGGCAAAAGUUGUUGGCACCAUCUGGUAAAAUCCACAAGUGUUCUAUUUGUCAUAGAGUGUUUCCCACUGGACAAUCUCUCGGUGGACACAAACGCCUUCAUUACGAAGGCGCUCUCGGAGGUAACAAAGACAGCAUGGACGUGGAAGCCGUUUCCCAAGGAGACAAGUUGAGUCCUGGAGGUAAUGUUGGUGUUGUAACACAUGUACCUGACCCAAAGCAGAGCCUAGAGGGACUGAUAGAUACGAACAGAGUGCUGUCGCCAGGAGACGUUGAGAGUGCAAACGAGCUUCGACAAGAAGAAGGAAGUACCAAUGCUAACAGGAUUCAGUUUUUUAACUUUUUUUGA